AGGGCCACCUACAACCAGACCUUUUAUAGCCUGCCAAAAGUAUAUGUUUAUCAGCAUCUUUACUCAGGCUGUGAGAUGCUUCUUUGAGCUACACAAACUCACAAGCAUACGAACAAGAAAAGAACGACAGCUCCUGUCAAACCUCUCCUCCGGCGCCUGUGCCGCUUUGUCUUUUUCCGAAGACUCCUUUCUCGGCCUGCUUUGGACUGAACUAGAGUGAAUGACGGCGUGGGUUUAAUUACCCAAUCCUCCAUCCUUCGCACGCGAUCAUCCCCCCAAGGAGAAUCUGCACACGCGCUCCAAACGACGCCAUGGAGAGCCUCCAGCUGGCACAGAUGCUCGCCGAUCUGAGCAGCCUCAAUGCGGCGGAACCCAAUGCGGCAGCAGCCCUCGUCACAGCGAACAAGGCCAUCGAUACCGUCGAGAGGGCCGGCACCAACCCCGCCGGCGCCGGACUGCCUAAGCGACCUACCGAUGAACUCCGCCGCGCACACAGCUCGCAGACCUCGCGGCCGGGCCCAGGCAACGUCUCUCCCGCCCGCAUCGACAAGUUCGGCCGUCGUAUCAUGAUGAGCCCGCCCGUCUUGUCACGCUCCAACUCGGCCCAGGGCUCUUCCAUCCCGGGCACCCCAAAAAGAGAAUCAGAGGGCGAAGACGAUCUGGACCGGGCAUCGACAUUGAUGGCGCUGUACGAGAUCCGCGCAAAGCUGAAGCAACAGGACAACAGCAGCCUCAUGAAAGCGCGCGAGAAGAUUGCCGACCUGGCCGCACGGCAGCACCAACAACAGACGGCUCCGGCCAAGAAGGAAUCCGAGAGGAUAACCUCCCGGUUCACGUUUCCCAAGUAAAGACAUCGACAAGCAAGCAAGCACACAUCUGCUUCGUUUCACAUCAGCGGUGGUACGGCGUUCUGGGGAUGACAUGAUCUGUUUUGCUUUGGACGAGGCCCGGCACAAUGGACAAUAAAAGUUGCGACGAAUCGGUAUUACGGGCUACGAUGGGUUCUCGGUUGGACGCUGGGCAUACGUUUUGCGUUUUUCUUCAUGUUUUGUUUUUAGCCGAUUGGCAGGCACACGGAGAUCAGGCACACGGAGAUCAGGCAAACCAGGGAUCGGUGUACACUUGUUUCUCGUCCUUGAUCUGGCUACGGGAGGGGCGCUGAGCAGAGUCUCGGGACAAUGGGGGGAAAAGCGCAAGGGUCACAUCUAAGGACUGAGCCACCAACGAUGGAUUGGGUCUCACAGCGCUUGCUAAUAUCAUGGUCUCGAUGCUGAU